GUCUGAGCAGGCGGGGAGGGAGCGGAGCGGAGAACCCGAAACAAAAGCAGAGAACCCGCAACUGUCUGCCGUUCCACCGUUCAAGGUCCAUGUGGUUCUGAGGAGCAGCAGAAAUGUCCAGUAACAGUCAGGCACUUGUGACGGGGGAGGCGGCCACAAUGGUGUCCCCUUCUGGCUCCGCCUCUUCCCAGGGACCACCCCUUUCUCCGUCCACCACCACUACCACCACCAAAUCACCUGAGCUUCCAGAUGAGCUGGUCCAGGCCGGAUGGUCCAAAUGUUGGUCUCGGAGGGAGAACCGGCCAUACUACUUUAACAGAUUCACCAAUCAGAGCCUGUGGGAGGUGCCAGUCCUGGGUCAGCAUGAUGUCAUCUCCGACCCACUGGGUCUGAACGCAGCUCCAGCAGAGGGCGGAGACAGUACCCUUGGAAAUGGUCAAAGGAAGAGGAGAAUCUCUGAGGAGCAGGGGGCGGGGCCUAACAGUUUUAAACGUACAAAGGUGGAGCCUAGCACUCCCAUCUCUCCCAGCACCCCUGGAGCCAAACCCUGGAGCUCUGCCCCUGAGGACAAGCAGGCCCCAACGGCCACGCCCACAACCCCAAGUCCAGCGCCAUCACCAGCCCCUUACAGACCAGCUGUGAUCUACUGGGAUCUGGAUGUUCAGACCAAUGCUGUGAUCAGAGAACGACCCCCUGCCAAUCACCUGCCCCCCCACCCUGAGAUCGAGCUGCAGAGGGCGCAGCUCGUCGCCAAGCUGAGGCAGCACUACCAUGAGCUGUGCCACCAAAGAGAAGGUAUCGAUCCGCCUCGCGAGUCCUUCAAUCGUUGGCUUCUGGAGAGGAAAGUGAUCGAUAAAGGCCUCGACCCGUUGCUGCCGAGUGACUGUGAGCCCGUCAUCUCUCCGUCCAUGUUCAGAGAGGUGAUGAACGACAUCCCCAUCAGAUUGUCUCGGAUUAAGUACAAAGAGGAGGCCCGGAAGCUGCUGUUUAAAUACGCUGAAGCUGCCAAGAGAAUGAUUGACUCCAGGAAUGUGAGUCCAGAGAGCAGGAAGGUGGUGAAGUGGAAUGCAGAGGACACCAUGAACUGGCUGCGCAGGGAUCACUCAGCCAGCAAAGAAGACUACAUGGACCGCCUGGAACACCUGAGACAGCAAUGUGGACCUCACGUUGCUGCUGUUGCCAAAGAUUCUGUAGAAGGAAUCUGCUCCAAGAUCUACCAGCUCUCAGUGGAGUACAGCCGCCGCCUGCGACAGACGCACCUGAGCCUGCUACAGGACCCGCCCACAGAGGUCUGUGCGUCGUCGCCGCAGCCCCGCCUUGUUUAUUGUUACCCGAUACGAUUGGCGAUAUCAACGCCGCCCCUCCCCCGAGUGGAGCUGCACUUUGAGAACGACGUGGCGUGUCUUCGCUUCAAAGGAGAGAUGGUCAAAGUGAACCGAGGACAUUUCAGUAAGCUGGAGCUGUUGUAUCGGUACAGCUGUAUAGACGAUCCUCGCUUUGAGAAGUUCCUGUCCAGAGUCUGGUGCCUCCUGAAGAGAUACCAGGUGAUGUUCGGCGGCGGCUCUAAUGAGGGGACGGGCCUGCAGGGGGCUCUACCGGUGUCCGUGUUUGAGGUGUUGAAUCGACAGUUCGGCGUUACCUUCGAGUGUUUUGCCUCGCCGCUCAACUGCUACUUCAAACAGUUCUGCUCCGCCUUCCCCGACAUCGAUAGCUUCUUCGGCUCCAGAGGGCCCUUCCUGUCCUUCAGUCCCAUCAGCGGCUCCUUUGAAGCCAAUCCUCCAUUCUGCGAGGAGCUGAUGGACGCCAUGGUGACGCACUUUGAGGACCUGUUGGACCAGUCCUCUGAGCCUUUGUCCUUCAUCAUUUUUGUCCCUGAGUGGCGUGACCCUGUGACUCCAGCUCUGACCCGCAUGGAGGGGAGUCGGUUUCUGCGUCACCAGCUGAACAUCACGGCCUACGAGCACGAGUACCGGUCCGGGAGUCAGCACAUCUGUAAGAGGGAGGACAUGUAUUACCGGGCCGUCCACGGAACCGCAGUACUCUUCCUUCAGAACCAAGCAGGAUUCACCAAGUGGGCUCCGACACCGGAGCGCCUGGCUGAGCUGACUGCAGCGUACCGCCCGUCUUUGUCCCGCACCUCGUCCCUGUCCUCCCCUGGCCCCGCCCACACAGCCUCUGGAGAGAGAGACUCCGCCCCCAAACCUUCUGAUAGGACUCAGAGCAGCAUGAUGUCGUCUGACAACAACAACAACGGCAGCAGCAGUAGCAGCCCUCAGGACAAGCUGUCUGUGUAGAGCUUGCUGUGACCACGCCCUACAUGUAUAUAUGUGUUUUUCAACUUUUCACAACACCUGUAGCACAUCUGUACUUCACCCC